GUCCGAUUCAGAACCAACAUUAUGUCAGAUUAGACUGAACACACAAGAAAUACAACUGCCUAUAACAAGGGUCUCCGAGAACAUAAGUCCCACUACGCUUCACUUUAAUCUAUCACUUGCAGAAACGGUUUACGAAACUACUGACAAUGCCAGAGCUACCGGAGGUGGAGGCGGCGAGAAGGGCCAUAGAUGAUCACUGCUUAGGCAAGAAGAUUAAGAAGGCUAUUAUAGCAAAUGACCCUAAAGUCAUCGACGGUGUCUCUCCUUCUGAUUUCGAGGCUGCACUAGUGGGCAAAACCUUAAUUGCUGCUCUUCGCAAGGGGAAGAAUCUCUGGUUUCAGCUCGAUUCCCCUCCUUUCCCUUCAUUUCAGUUUGGUAUGGCUGGUGCUAUAUAUAUUAAGGGAGUUGCUGUUACCAAAUAUAAGAGGUCUGCUGUGAAUGACACUGAUGAGUGGCCAUCCAAAUAUUCAAAGCUAUUUAUUGAACUAGAUGAUGGCCUAGAGCUUUCUUUCACUGAUAAGAGGCGAUUUGCUAAAGUCCGCUUGCUCAAAGAUCCAGCUUCUGUACCUCCAAUUUCUGAGCUCGGCCCUGAUGCAUUAUUGGAGCCAAUGACAGUUGAUGAAUUUUAUGAAUCCUUAAGCAAGAAGAAGAUUGCAAUUAAGGCUCUUUUACUCGAUCAGAGUUUUAUUUCUGGUAUUGGCAACUGGAUUGCAGAUGAAGUGCUAUACCAAGCUAGAAUUCAUCCUCUGCAAGUUGCUUCCAGCUUGUCCAGAGAAAAUUGUGCAACAUUAUGCAAGUGCAUCAGGGAGGUUAUUGAAAAAGCAAUAGAAGUUGGGGCAGAUAGUAAUCAGUUUCCCAAUAAUUGGAUUUUCCAUUCUCGCGAAAAGAAGCCUGGGAAGGCUUUUGUUGAUGGGAAGAAAAUUGAUUUUAUCACUGUUGGUGGAAGGACAACAGCCUAUGUACCAGAAUUGCAAAAGCUGAGUGGAGGCCAAGUUGCAAAAGCAGCAGAUAAACAAAAAAGACAAACUUCAAAAAGGAAAAAGGCCAAGGAUGAUGAUGAAGGUGAAGAUGCUGCAAAUGGAACAGCAAGCGAGGAAGAAGAUACUGCUAAAAAGGCCAAAACAAAGAGAGAACUGAAGCCUAGAGGUCAUGCCAAGAAGCCUCCAGCAAAGCGGAAAUCUGAGGAUAUCGAUCAUAAUGAUGAAGGCGAAGAUGACGCAAAUCAACUAGCGAGUGAGGAAGAAGCUGCUGCUGAAAAAGCUAAAACAAAGAGCGAGGUGAAGCCGAGAGCUCAUGCCAAGAAGCCUCCAACAAAACUCAAGUCCAAGGCAAGUGAUGAUGAAGAUGACAAUGGUGCUGCUUCUGAUGAUGGUGAUGAUGCAGAAGACAAUGUUCAUGUGGAAAAUCAAAAGAAGAAACCACAAAGAGUGGCCAAUAAGAAGCAAACUAAAGAAAAAAAGGUGACCAACAAGAAGGUUGCCAAUCAAAACAGUAAGAAGCCAAAGAAGUGACGUAGACUGCUUUUAAGAUAUUGGCGAAGCCGUGCCUACCCGCGGCCCAUAUUUUGGUAGCAUGCAAAGUGGGCGUAUCCAAUUUUUGUAAUUGUUGAUAAACGACUUUUGGGUCUUUACUGGUAAGCUAGCCUUCUUGCUCAUGCCUAUGGCUUCUGCAUGUUUGUAGUCUGUCAUAUGAUGUGACUUGGAAGAAAAGAAGUUUCAGGGGAUGUAAAUUUGUAGAUUCAAUCCAAGUAGACUUGUGAAAGCAGAAAGUACCUCAUUUUACUAAAAUUCCACAUUCUAUGUUUAGCAUCA